GUUUGCUCGUCUCGCUCGAUAAGAGCUCAUGUGUGUCGAGUUAUCAAGGCUGCAUGGAGGCAAUGGCUCGUCUCCUUGGCGAGUUUUUGACCCUCUUCGUGUCAAUACUCGGAUUGUGCCAGUGGUCAUGGAAUCACUUGGGACUGGGGUUGUGGUAUUCCACUUGUUCUACAGCCAUGAUAGCUCGUUUCCUUUCAUUGACCUUCGUCAAGGCCAGAACCGCUACCGAACUCAACUACAUGUAUCUUUGGUACAUUGAGCAACUCGAGUGUUGGAGCUUGUGGGCCCUGGGCACUUUGGGGCCCCUCUGUCUGGCUCUACAAUUCAGUUCAACUUGGUGGGUGAGGCUGUUGCUCGUUUGGAUGGGAUUGUUCCUGUUGGGAACGAAAUUGAACGACGAGUUCCACGAGGAACUUUGGAUCUCGGAAGAACAUUUCUUCGCCUCGGCUCAUUUGGCAUGCAUGACGAUGCUUUGUGCACCCCGGACAAUGGCCAAGUCGCCUCAUCCCUAGGAACGGCUUUUUUGACUUUGGGAACGCUAAUGUUGGCCCGACCAGACUCUCAAUUGGGCCCAUGGCGAUGUCAAGAACUCGCAUUUUUCGGAUUGGCCAUGGCUAACACCAGCUUCCUCGUGACCUAGACCCUGUCCACCCAUGAGACUUUGUAUAAUUCAUCACUCUGAUUCAUCAAGUUAUUGGAAGCGCUGGCUAAACGUGAACUCGAACUAUAAAUAUAUAUAUAUAUAUAUAUA